AUGGAAGACGCCAUACGCAACAAAAAGAAACGGCGCGCGAGCAGACCAAAAGCUCGUACAGGAUGUACUGCCUGCAAGAGUCGGCGUGUCAAAUGUGAUGAGACAAAUCCAAAAUGUGAUCGAUGUGAAGAAUAUGGAUCUUUCUGCGAGUACCAGCUGCCUCGACCACAAGAUGCAGCAUCCAAGGUUAAAGAUCGCGACAGGGACCCCAUUCCUAUCAAACCUCGACAUCAAUUGCAGCUUAUAUCCCACCCUUCAGAUUCUCUUUGCUGCGAUGAGGUAGAAGCCCGGUAUUUUCGAAUAUUCCACGAGAAGCUGGCCUUCGAUUUGAGUGGUUAUUUUGAAGCCCCCUUCUGGACGCGGCUCAUACCGCAACAAUGCCAUCACCAUCCAGGGAUAAAACACGCAAUUAUAGCCCUCAGCGCCUUGUACAAAUCUGCAUUAUCGUCCAGCUCUCAUACGGUGAAUCUGAACGAUGAGCAUUAUAGCUUUGCUUUGGUACAACAGAGGCAAGCUAUUGUAUCGCUGCGCAAUGAUCUGUCUGGUGGACAACCUCAGAUGAGGCUUGCGCUUGUAGCAAGCCUCCUCUUUUCAUGCUUUGAAAGUUUCCAUGGGGACUGGGAGACUGCGACGCAGCAGGUCUAUAAUGGAUUCAACAUCUUGAAGCGUCUCGGCGAAGAUGAGAAACGGGAAGCGACUAAUAGCCUUACUGGUAUUGAGCUCGACGUGGGACUGACUUUGCGGCGACUCGAGCUACAAAUAUUGUCAUUUCUCGCUAUGACCCCAACGUCGGAGCAUCCCAAUGACCUGAGCCCCGAGGAAAUUGUUUUAGAUCUGCCGGAUCAGUUUACUGCCUUCAACGAAGCCUUCGCAGCUGUAACUAAACUUGCUGUUUCCAUUCUACGACAUGCCAAGAUAUCCGCCCAGCGCAAAACUGAUUCGGCUCAUCGGGACUCUCUUGUACAGCAAAAUCAGCACCUCCAGGGAUUGAUGGAUCAAUGGGGCAAGGCAUACGAACCUAUGUUUCUCGAAGCAUGCCGGAACAAUGUUGGCCGAGAGUAUCUCGGAGUUCUCCAAGUCCGAAUAUGUGCUUGA